AUAAGCGCUUGGCGGGAGGGGAGAUGGUCUUUUAUGUGUGUUUCUUUCGCUGCGGCGGCGGCGGCGGCGGCGGCAGCAGCGAGAGUGGCUCAGGUUGAUUUAGAAUACGGAUGACAGUAGCCUGGCGCGAGCCCACGGCUGACGAAAGCUGCUUAUCCCGCUCGGUUUCCAUGGAGACGAGCAGGAGCAGCCGCGGCGGCGGCGGCGGCGGCGGCGAGGCUGUCAGCGAGCGCGGCGGCGGCGGCGGCGGCGAUCGCGCGUCCGCGGGGGUCUGCAGGAGGAAGGAGGAGGCCGGGGCCGGGACCCUCGCGGCAGACAUGGACUUGCAUUGUGAUUGUGCUGCGGAAACGCCGGCCGCCGAGCAGCCGUCGGGGAAGAUUAAUAAAGCUGCUUUCAAAUUAUUCAAGAAGAGGAAAUCGGGUGGCACCAUGCCCAGCAUUUUUGGGGUCAAAAACAAAGGGGAUGGGAAAGGCUCGGGUCCGACGGGCAUGGUGAGGAGCCGGACCCACGACGGCUUAGCCGAGGUGGUGGUGCUGGAGAGCAGCAAGAAGGAGGAGCCGCGCGGCGGGGGCGACAGCGGGGGCGGCGGCGGGGGUGGCCGCGGCGGCGGGCGGCCCAACCCGGGUCCCCCCAGGGCGGCCGGGCCGGGCGUGGGCUCCCUGGCCAACAGCUCGGUGGCGAAGUCGCACAGCUUCUUCUCCCUGCUGAAGAAGAACGGGCGAGCGGAGAACGGCAAGGGCGAGCCGGCGGACGCGAGCAAGGCUGGCGGCAAACAAAAGAGAGGGCUGAAGGGGCUCUUCAGCAGCAUGCGCUGGCACAAGAAGGACAAGCGGGCCAAGGCGGAGGCGAAGGGCGAGCGCGCGGGGGCCCCAGGCGGCCUCAUCCUGCCGGGCUCGCUCACCGCCAGCCUGGAGUGCGUCAAGGAGGAGACGCCCGGACCCGCCGGCGAGCCGGAGAAGCCCAGCAGGGACGCGCCGCGAGACCCAGCAGGUGAGCUCGGAGGGGGAGAGCCGGAGCCGGCCUCCGCCGAUCGCGCCCACGUGCCGGACCGCCGAGAGGCCCACAGCCCCGGGGUCCCUAAGGCCGACAGCGCCCGGGGAGAGGACGCCGCGGGGCAUCGGCGCGCCGAGAAGCCCCGGGCAGCCCCCGAGCUGGGCGCUGGGGAGGUGCAGACGGCCGAGGAUGCCUCCAGGACAGGUGACGUUCCGGUAAAGACCGUCCCCCUUGUCGACUCGGAAUGCGGCAGCGGCCGCGCGGCGGCCGUCCCUGACCCUUCCGCUGUUGAUCCACCCUCAGACCCAUCGGCUGAUCGUAUUUGUUUGAUGUUUUCUGACGUGACUUCACUGAAAAGCUUUGACUCUCUUACAGGCUGUGGAGAUAUUAUUGCAGACCAAGAGGACGAGGCAGGUCCCAGCUGUGACAAGCAUGCCCCCGGGCCAGGCAAGCCAGUUCUCUCUAAAAAGAACCCCGGCGUGGUGGCCUACCAAGGAGGAGGGGAGGAGAUGGCGAGCCCGGAGGAGCUGGACGACACCUAUCUCCAGGAGUUCUGGGACAUGCUCUCCCAGACUGAGGACCAAGGACCAGGGCCCCAAGAGGGAGCGGCCAAGGCGGCAGCAGCCCUGGAAACCAAGGUGGUGGCCGAGACGUCCAAAGACGCCAGGUGUGCGGAAGGGGUCAAGGACGUGUCCUUGGGCAAGCACAGGAGGCUCAACCGGAUUCCCAUCGAGCUCCAUCCCAAGGAGGAGGCUAAACCGCCCGAGAAGGAGCAGCAGGAAGGCAUCCCCAAUAGUGACGAGGGCUACUGGGACUCCACCACUCCGGGGCCGGAGGAAGACGGCACCGGCGGCGGCAAAAAGGCGGGCAUCCCCCGGGAUAGUUACAGCGGGGACGCGCUCUACGAUCUCUACGCGGAUCCGGAUGGAAGCCCGGCCGCCGUUCCCGCCAACGAGGAGACGUCCUGCUUGUCGCGGUUAAAGCCCGUGUCUCCAGUCACCAUCACCUGUCCACUGCGAACACCAGGCAGUUUGCUGAAGGACUCUAAAAUCCCUAUCAGCAUCAAGCACCUCGCGAACCUUCCAUCCAGCCAUCCCGUAGUGCACCAGCAACCAGUCAGGAGUGAGAUGCCCAGAACAAAAAUCCCAGUUUCCAAAGUGCUGGUCCGCAGGGUCAGCAACCGGGGUUUGGCCGGGACCACCCUCCGGGCAGCGGCGUGCCAUGACAGUGCCAAAAAGUUGUGAGGUCUCCGAAGCCGAGGUGAUGGACCCCAUGUCAAGGAAUACAACUUUCCCUGGAAACCACUCAAAUAAGUUUUGUUUCUCCUAAAGAAAGGCUUUUAGGACCAUCCCUGCUCCAGAGCCUAGACCGAGGAGGUGUCUGGGCCGCUAGCAGGGGCAGGAUACACCAGAGGGGGAGCUACACAUGGGAUUCUCCUCUUCAGAUAAGUUCCCUGAGAAUUAUUUUCAAGCACUUUUAAUUUUUUACCUUUAAAAAAAAAAUCACUUGUUUGUUUUUGUUUUUUUUUCCUUUGAUGCGCUGAACACUUGGAAGUCACCUUUACUUGCCUUUGCAGAAAACAACCUAAGUAAGCAUCCUGCCAUGACACUCGGCUGUGCCAGGGUCCAGAGAGGGCCUAGAGAAACCACUGCCAACACCAGAGGAGCCCCUCCUCUCCCAUGACACUUUCCAUCCUUCCUUUCUUCUUUUCCUUUUUCUUUACAGGGGGAAAAAAGAGAGAGAGAAAGAGAGAGAGAAAGAAAAGAAAAAGACCCUUUGCUGUAUCACUGUGUGGAAAACACCUGCAAAGCUGAAAGAGCCAGGUAUUUACCUGAUGAGCAGAGGCGAUCAUUGAUUGGCCCCAAACUUGCCUACUUUUGGUUGCUGGGUAUGCAUUAUAGGUCAGUAUCUACCACCAGGACAAUAAAGGAGCAUUUCGGUUUGGUUGGUUUAGAUCAUGUGUUUGGGGAGAAAGAAGAAGCUCAGCAGAGCUAGUUUUUUCUUUUUCUUUUUCUUUCCCACCCAGUGAAGAAAUGAGGAUCAGGGAAAGAUUUCACUAAAAUGCCAAUAGACACAGUAUUUUAGUGUUUAUAAACUGUAACCUUUUCAUGUGUAGAUAAUGCAUAUUUUACAGUUUAUCCAGCUGUUAACAUUUUAUAAUCUGCCAGUAACCUCGAAUUUAAAAUCUGGUUUUAUAACAAGUUAUGAUAACUGUCCCUGAACCACUGAUGUUCUUUUAUGUACUGUAGCCUAAAGCAAUUCUGUUUUUGUUUUAUAUGGGUUCUCUGGCUCUCAAUGCAGGAAAAAACAAAAAACAGUCUAUUGUGUUGAUGUCCCAGAGGAAUAGGUUCUGUCUUGUCUUGGGUAAGAGACUAUUUGCUUCUCACUCCCAAUCCUGGUUUUCAGAGUUUUUUAAUCUUGGUUAUACAAAUUUUGGAUUUGACCAUUCUACAACAUGGGGAGUCCCAAAUGAGGAACGUGUUUUAAAAAUCCAGAAGAAAAAUACAGUUUUUCAUGUUAUUUGACUUUUGCUUUAUAGAUUCAUGAUUGAGACAGGUAUGUUCAGAAUAGGAUGCUGGCAAGCCUAUGUAUCAUAAACACUCUAUGUCAAGAUUUGUUUUUGAAAAGUGGUUUCCUUAUAUGUAUAUUUUCUAUUAUUUUAGAUGAGACAUUUAUUUCAGAACGGGUUACCAUAUGCCUGGAUAGUUUGAGUGAUUAACUGAAGCAGUUCCUAGAAUGCUAUUAGCAUCUAAUGAUUAUAUAAUAUCCUCUUUGAAAUGCAGUUCAGUGUGUUUAAUCAAAAGACUGCAGCUUCUACUAGGAGUUGAUUCAUGAUAUGAGGAAGAUUAGACAUUUUCAAGCAAAACUACAUGUAUACAAAUGGCACAAACAUUUCUAUAUAACUCCCAUUUUCCAGAGAGAUUGCCUAAGUAAUGAGCUAAUAUUAUGUGCUUUCUAAGCUUGUUUUCUAUUUUUUAAAGGAAGGAAAGAGACAAGUUAAGUAUAUGGAAACCUAUUUUAAUAGUACAAAGGGAACAAAAUAAACAGACCCCAAAGGGAAACAAAUUUGAGCCAGUAGCAUAAAGCAAAUCGUUCCCCAUUUUAAAUUUGCAAUGAUUCAAUUAGAAGAGGUGGUAGAGAUUUGUUGAAUUUCUUUAGUAGUCAGAUUACUGGCUUUUAUUGCAUUAUGUCAGAUCCUUAAUGUUAAAGUACUGAUUUAAUAUUUAAUUUCCUAUAUAGAUGAGGUCCUAUAAUCAGGCAUAGCCUUAGGCACUCUGAACCCACCACCAGGAAUUCAUAAAGCCACUCACACUCACACGUGCUUAUGCACUCAACUGUGCACAAACUAACAGACAAAGGCAUGUACUGUACACUUGGAAAUAUUUUACAGAUUAUUUCUGUCUUGAGAAAGGGAUUUAAAUUUAAUUUCAUGCUGAUAGUACUAUUUAGACUCCACAUGCAUUCAUCUUCCCCCAGUGAAUGUACAGAAUAUAAAUUUUUAUUUCUGGCCGUAAAACAAAGGAUGUUUAUUUUCUUCUUGUGCAUUUUCUUGUGAAGGUUAUCUUCUCCUCUGUGUGAAUCCGUGACAGAGUUUUAUUUGUUCAUUUGUUCGAUGGUACAGAAAAGUUAAAAGUACCUGAAGUACAGAUGAGAAUAUUCUAACGGUAAAUGCAAUCUAUCGGUAAAUCUAUUUUGUUAGCACUGAGACAAACUGUUUUUUGCUUUCACAGUUUUGGGGGCUCAUUCCUGCCAUUUUACCACUAUGCUGUGUCUUCUUUUUACAAGUAAAGGGAAAUGUCAGCAAAGCUCCCUUUCAUUUCCCCCACCUGUCAAUUAACCAGUUAUACAAGAUGUAAAAUAUUUUCUCUUUUCAUUCUUUUUUCCAUAUGUUUUCCACUUUUUAAGAAACUCUCUGUCUUUAAGAAUUCCACCCACACCAGGCAAGUGAAGGAUGCAGGCAAUUAAUUAAACGGCCUCGGUAGCUAGCUGGGAAAUCAGGAUCCAUGCAGAAAGCCUGCGUCUUAACCUUUUCCACCCACAGACAAGGGUUCACAGUUGCUUUUUUUGUGCCAAGGGCUACUUUCUCCCAUUCAUGUUCCUGGAGAUUGCUUCCCCUCACCCCCGCAUUUUAAUAGACUUAUAUUCCAAUUAUUAUUAAUACAUUUCCUAAUUCGGCCAUAUUUGCUGAUUUUUUUUUGUAAUGGGAAGGAUUAAAUAUGAGCUGAUGACACCUUUGCUGUGUGUGUAUGAUUCUGAGAUGCUAGUUCAUUAGGUCUCUUUAGUCAGAGAGCUGGACAAAUUAGAGGGGGAAAAAGUCAAAUCAAUUGUUGACCAUGAAUUUAUCAGUGAGUUUAAUAGCUUUGCACAAAGACAGCCUGACUUUAAUAACUACAUUACACAGACAAUGUUCCUUGAACUACUCUGACAUCAGUACUAAAGGCAGUUGGAUGCUUUUACAUUAGCACCGACUGGAAGAAAUUUUACUAUAGCAUUGUCAACAAUGGCAAGAGGAAAAAGAUUUUUAUUAUUUCACCUAAUAACAACAAUGACAUAUAGGACAGUAAGGGCUUCCUUUAGAUAUGUUUUCCACAAAUUAUCUGCCUAUUUAAAUACAAAGUGUUUAACAUCUAUGAGAGUGAUGACUUACUGGGUUUAAAGUGUUUCUUCCUUAAUUUCAGAAGUAGUUUUGAAGUAUUUGCCUUUAAACAAAUGUUCAAAUAACCCUUUGCUUACACAGUUACCGAGGUAAAAAGACUAUAUUAGGUAUCGAGAUUUCUUCAACAUCUUUCUGUGUUUUCAUUAUUUACAUCUUUGUCAGAUUAGUUUUCAGAGCCUUUUUACCAUUAACUUUGUAUGAAGAGAUCAAUUAAAGUAGCUUUCUCUCCUCUCCCUUUGUACCCACCAUGUUUGAUGUUUGCUUGGUGCCCUCAGAUAGCCGUAAGGGGACACUUCUUAGGAUGGUGGCGUCUUCUGACACUUGCAUAGUGGAAUACAUUUCCUGAUUGUAGUCAUUCCAGAUUUCUCUCCUGAAUGAUGACAAUCUGGCCUUGGUCCCCGUGCUGGGUUUCUACGAAGGCUUGUUACAAUAUCUUCACAGAUACUUUGCUCCCCUUAUCAUUCUUAAGAAAUUAAUUCAAGAAUUUUAGACUCUUAAACCAAAAGAGAACGCAUCACAGUUGCCUCUUAUCACCACUGGGAAUGACCGGUUAAAAGUACCUGCAUGAAAUAAGAGGAGAAACCCAAAUACCUUGGCCUACUCAUUUCCCUCUUGCUUCUUUGCCAGACAGACCAAGGGAUGAACAGCACAGUUCUUAUCUGUGGAAACUCGGCCUUAAGAAUUUUUGAUGGCUUUCGCACAAAUACUUCUGACUGUUUGGGACCCAAAGCUAGCAUGGAGGACCGGUGGUUUAUAUCUCUGUGUGGGAAAGCAAGAGGUCAGCAUUUACUUCAUAAAAGCCUUUGCACUGUGCUAAUUCUUUAAAGGAGAUGGUUUGUUGCAACUAUAGCCACUUAUAAAGAAUGUUAUCUCACUCCAGACAGUGCUGUUAAGGAGUGAUUCAGAAUGAUAGUUUCAUGAUUAUGGAAAAGUGUUCUUUCUCAAACUGAAAAAAGAAAGAUUAAAAUAGUCACAAAGCCUUCAGAACGGAAACUGGGCACAUUUCACGACCGACGUUUACUUUAAUUCAAGGCAACCUGUGUUCAUGAGGCACAUACUGUUUCUAAUACUUCAUAAAAACCCCUUCAGUCUGGGCUCACACAUAGCUAUACUGUGAUUGGACUUUCUUAACAUUCCUGAAAAAUAUCUUUAUUUUUCCUAGUUUUUUUUUUUUUUUUCAUUUGUUGUCUAUGGUUUGUGAGGUGGAGAAGAAUGGGGGUCAACUUGAAAAGGAGUGGUAUGGAUUAAGCCACACAAAUUCCUCUCAAAAUAAUAAUAGCAAUUAUAACAAUAAUGAACAUUUGCUGAGUAUUUGCUAAGUGCCAGUGAUCGCUAGGAGCUUUACAGACAUUCACGUGGUCCUCUUAGCAGCCACGUGGAUUAGGCAAUAUUAUUUCCCUAACGUGCCAUCUUUAAAUCAUUCUUUUUGUUUGUUUCCAUCCCAUCUCAUCUCCCCCCUUCCCCAUUUCCUUUUUCCUCUUUCUCUCUCUCUUUUCCUCUAGCUUCUGGGAUGGUACCAUAAGCUCUUUAGUAAGUUAGAGUAACAUAAAAGCUAGGAACUGCUUCAUGUCAUGGCCAGUUCACCUGCAGUAGAAACAAAGCUAACCCAUGCCAUGAAGCUGAAAAUUGGUGUGUGUCUGAGACAAAUAGGCAAACACUCUGCUUUCCUUUGACAGUGUCCUCUCCUUCUCAGGAUUAACACCAAAAAUAUAGACAGAAGUCUCUCCUGUUGUCAUGGUAAUACUUCUUCCCUGUAGGAUGUCGGUCAUUCCAAACACGUUGCCCUUGCUUCUCCACCAUGAGCCCAGUCUAGGCUUACUCUGGCUGUUCCACGUGGUUUGUUUAAAUGGCGACUCGCUGAGUGGUACCUUGCCUUGGUACAAUUCUGAACUUCAGAGAUAAGCUCCUGGCUCUUUCCAAAGUAGUGCAUCCUACAUUCUGUCUGUGGCCAUUGCAUCCUGGCUCAUAUUUUCUAAUUCAUUAAUUCAUUCGACUAAUAUUUGUUAAAGACCAAGAAGUCAGUCAUCGUGAAUUUGAGUAUUUUAUAUUGAAGGGAAAUACCUAACACAUACUGUGUGUUUUCUCUGUGGGGGAUGAUGCUCUGUGCUUUCUUUGAUGAUGUUAUUGCCACUGUUACAAGGACCAUGGAGGGUGGGUAUUGGCUCCAUCCUGCAUAGGAAGAAAAUGAUGCUCACAAAGGUGAAAUACCUUGUCCCAAGUCACCCAUUUCCUAAGUAAUGGGCAGAAUUUGAAUCUGAAUAGAGAAACCUAACUCUAUAGCUUCUGCUUCAAUUAUACAUUUUUAGCCAUAUGAUUCAAUUUCUGUAAAACUUGUUUUAAGUAAGAAACUGAUCAAAGUUUUGAACUGCAAGAGCCAAACCAGAUGUGUAUAUUUGUGGGUACCGUCCAACUAAAGGCUAUUUUAGUUAAAAAUGAACUUGUGGGGUUUUUUGGGGGGUUUUUUUGUGUUUUGUUUUUGUUUUUGUUUUUGUUUUUAAUUCUUUGAUGGCUUUUAUACAUGCAAGCCUAGCUUAGAGCUCAGAGACUAGCAGGUUUUUUUCUCACCUGGGCCAGUCAAAAUUGUGGACUAUAUUCAUCAAUUACUUUAGAGUUACAUAUAAGCAGGUCUACGUACAGAUUUUGUGAUCUGAUGUCUGUUUUGCCAAUAA